CCGCAGCACAGUGGAGCAGCCUUGUCGAUUGAAGCUUCGUGGCCGCUUCAUUCGAGAGAGAGCUCCCGAGCAGCUCGCGGGCGCAAUCAUCACCAUUGAAACAUUUCCCCAUCGACGACGCCCUCCUCCACAAACUCACACUCACCCACCCAGUUCCCUCUUUUUCUUCAACAACACACACCCACGCAGCUUGUACCCUCAAAACCAAGAAACAAUGGCCCAAAAACGCAACAACGCCAACCGCGGCGUCUCGCCAAACCCAAAGACAGCCACCACCACCUCUUCCUCAACCACCACCGCCCCCCUCCCUCCAACCCCCAACCCUGCCGCUCCCAUCCCAGGAAGCAGCAGACCAACAUCCUCCCACUCCGCCACCACCACCUCAGCCAAAACCUCCGCCUCCGCGCCCGUCGCCCAGACCUGGGACAAGGUCGUCUCCAACCUGACAACCCACUACCAGAAAUCCACACCCCAGCGGACGAAACUGCUCGAUGCGUUUAUGGCCUUCUUGGUGGUGGUGGGGGUCCUGCAGUUUGUGUAUUGUGUCUUGGCGGGGAAUUACCCUUUCAACGCCUUCCUCUCCGGCUUCAGCGCGACAGUCGGGCAGUUUGUUCUCACCGCGUCGUUGCGCAUCCAGACCACCGAGGCGAAUAAGAAGGACUUUCCGGCGGUUUCUCCCGAGAGGGCGUUUGCGGAUUACGUCGUCUGCAGUUUAAUCCUGCAUUUCUUCUGCGUGAACUUUAUCAACUAGAUUUGCCGGUGAAAAAGGGGAACGGGGAAAACAAAACCAAAGCGAGCGAGCGCAGAUAUUUGGAAUCUUUUGGGCCAAAACUGGGGGCAGUGGUGAAAUGUGGUGUUUUUUCUUCUUCGAUUCAUCUCUGUUUAACAAUUGCUGUAUUUUCUGUCUACGUUACUUCUUUUCACCGCGUGAGGAGUGUGCGGUUUAUAUACCACAUCAUACCGUCCCUGCUGUAGAACAAAAUUUUACAGCAACAAGACAAGAAUCAAGGCCAUACAGAUAACUUUAUAUGAUAAACAGGCAGGGCUGGUAUAAACAAAAU